GGCCGCUCUUUCCAUUGGCCGGGAUGGAAAGGGGAGGGGCCCACCGGGAGUCUGAUUCUUUAAGCAAACUUUUCAGUAGGACUGCCUGCUUCCCUUCCCACUGCUGUGUCGGGACCACACAAAAGGAGUUUGAAGAACUCCCAGAUAAUUUCUACCUGAAGCCAAGGUCCAGAACCAGCCGCCACCAUGUCCAGCAAACGUGCCAAGGGAAAGACCACCAAGAAGCGCCCCCAGAGGGCCACCUCCAAUGUCUUCGCCAUGUUCGACCAGUCGCAGAUCCAGGAGUUCAAAGAGGCGUUCAACAUGAUCGACCAGAACAGAGACGGCUUCAUCGACAAGGAGGAUCUGCACGAUAUGCUGGCCUCUCUGGGUAAGAACCCCUCUGAUGAAUACCUGGAAGGGAUGAUGAGCGAAGCACCAGGGCCCAUUAACUUCACCAUGUUCCUCACCAUGUUUGGAGAGAGGCUCAACGGGACAGACCCCGAGGACGUCAUCCGCAACGCCUUUGCCUGCUUCGACGAGGAGGGGUCUGGCGUGAUCCACGAGGACCACCUGAGAGAGCUGCUGACCACCAUGGGCGAUCGCUUCACAGACGAAGAGGUGGACGAGCUGUUCCGCGAGGCGCCCAUCGACAAGAAGGGCAACUUCAACUACGCGGAGUUCACCCGCAUCCUCAAACACGGCGCCAAAGACAAGGACGACGAGUAGAGGGAGAAAACGACUCUGCCUCUGUCUCUCCUCCCCCCCCCACGCCCCCUCCUCCCGCCACAAGCACACAUACUACACCUCAAAUCCAUCCCAGGCUCCUAUCUUUGUGGAGGAGGAAUUCAUGUAAUGUAGGAUUUCAUAUAAGAAUACUGUAUAUGAGGGUUUUUUUAAAUAAAGGGCAAAAGUAAAUUGUUUUACAUUUUACAUGUUCGUCGAAGGUAGAAUGUUGGGAUUCAUUUGGGACGCGCCACUUUUCAGUUUUUAUCAUCGUUGCAGAUUCGUAUAAACCGCGAAGAGAUGCGUGUCCCAGUCUUUGAAUCUCAUAGCUACGAGUCUAGUGCAGCUUUUUCCACCAACUUUUCCACCAGAUCGUCUGGUAUUUGGAAGGAUCCCGGUUUGACUUUGGAGACAGAUUAAACACCAGUGUGUAUGUGUGCGCGUGGGGGGCAGUUUGGACUUCCGGAUUGAGUGUUAUAUAAAGUACGGGGCCAUGUUUACCUCUUCCUGCCAGUUAGCCGCCACGCCUGCACAAGCACCGCAACGGCUCCUUCUAAAAAUAUAAAAAUUCAUUCUGUGAUUACUUUGACAAUCAAAUGUGGCGAGAAUGUCUGUUGGAUGAAAUGGUUGGUAUUGGUGUUGCCUUCCUACCAUAAGGUGGUUGUGCAUUUUCCCCGGAAAGAUCUAGUAUGUCUCUGUUGUGGAAGGUCUUGAAACUGCUCAGGCAAAUAAAGUAAGUGUAGAUGUUUGUUUGGGAUGUUUAUUUUUCUCAUAUGAUUGUACCGUAUUUAAAGUAGGCCCUAUAAUUUAGAUACUCAAAGCACCAAACCAGCAUACUGUAGUUCAUAUUACGCACCUGAAUGCAAGAACAUACAUAUUACAACAUAUUAAUUAACUCACUUAAAUAACCCACUUGGUUUACUUUCCAGUCCAUUGUCCUUUCAUCUACAUCACCUCACAAUGAUAAUUUAAUAAAUAUUCACUGCCACAAAUUUAUGGUCGCAUUUGACUAACAUGAGUGGAGUCUCGUGCUUGCCAGGAAAAUAAAAUAUUUGUUUUUGAUAUGCUGACGUGUUUUUAAUCUGCAUUUGGAAGUCAUUUAAAUAAAUUAAAUUCUCUGCGUCCACCAAAAAUUUGUAACUUUUAUACAGUUAUAAAAAAAUAAAAAAUAUUUCCUGAUACACGCUCUUA